GAAAAAAAGCCGCCAUUGUCAAAAUCUCGAUCGAGCGAACGGGCGAGCAAAUCCAGUAUGUCAAUGGAAGUUGGGCAAGGACGAGGAGCAGAUGACCUCAUAUCCACUUUAAAAACCCUAGCAUACUCUCUCCAACUCAGAGUUCAGGAACUGGAGGCUGAAAACUCCAAAUUAUCAUCUCGGCUCUCAAAUUGCACCUGUUCUGAGAAAGAGAAGAAGGUUGAUGAUUCUGCUGCAAAUAGGACCAGAAGAAAGAAAUUUACUAAACAAGGUUAUGAUCAAAGUAUCAUAAGCCACCAUGGAAAAAGAUAUGUUGCUCUCAAACUCAUGUACUUUGGGCAGAGGUUCUAUGGUUUUUCUUCAGAAGCCCAAUUGGAACCAUCUGUGGAGUCUGAACUUUUCAUAGCUCUACAAAAGACGAGGCUUUUAGUUGGUGACAAGAAAGAGUCACAAUAUUCAAGAUGUGGUAGAACGGACAAGGGGGUUUCCUCCGUUGGGCAAGUAGUUGCUCUCUUCUUACGAUCAAAGCUCAAGAAGGCUUGUUCAGAUAAUGAAAACUCUAUCAAAAUGGUUUCAAGAGAAGAAUAUGAAGGAGAAAUUGAUUACGUGAGGGUUCUGAAUGGAGCCCUUCCAAAUGAUAUUCGAGUUUUAGGCUGGUGUUCUGUUCCAAUUGAUUUCAGUGCAAGGUUUAGCUGUCUGAGCAGGGAGUACAAAUAUUUCUUUUGGGAAGACAAUCUAAAUCUCAAGGCAAUGGAAAGCUCUGGUGAGAAAUUUAUAGGUGAACAUGACUUCCGAAAUUUCUGUAAGAUGGAUGCACUAAAUGUUCACACCUACAUGCGUCGUGUCAAGUCAUUUGAAAUUUCUCCUUGUGAUGUGAGGUUUCAAGGAAACCAACUUUGGGCAAUUAAAAUCAAAGGCAGUGCUUUCUUGUGGCACCAGGUCCGAUGCAUGGUUGCAGUACUAUUCAUGAUUGGCCAAGGUUUUGAAUCUUCUGAUGUAAUAGACACAUUACUGGAUGUUGACAGGAUACCAAGGAAACCUCAAUAUGUUAUGGCUCCAGAGAUUCCGUUGGUUCUUCAAUCCUGUGAAUUUGAAGAUUUAAAUUUCACUUGUUCUUCAGAUGCUGAACAAGCUUUGGGUGAACACUUGGUGAAACAAUGUCAAGCUUAUCAUCUCCAAGCUGCCAUCAUCAACGAGGCCCUGCUUACCAGUUUGCCUGUAUUAAGUGAUAAAAGUACGUUAAACAAUGGAAAUGGAAAAAUCAAGAAAAAGACUGCUCAUAUACCUCUCAUGUCUCGGCCCACUGAGCCAUCAUAUGCAGAGCGCCGUGCCAAAUUAGAGUCCAGAGCAUGAAGCAUCGACAGAUACAUCUUGAAGGGAAUACAUAAUUUGAAACAGAUUUUUCCAAUUCACCAAGUGGAGACUGACAUAAAAGGGAUCCUAGCUGCAUAAUUCAAAGUGAUAAGAAGCUACAAAAGAUUCAACUUGCUUGAGUAUGAGUUCCCAACUCUGGUCCAUAAUAUGGUGGCCAAAUGAUGCAAUUUUUUCAACAGCUUACAAAAGAGCUAUGCCAGUAGAGAAAGGACAUUUCCAAAUUAAGGUCCCAUAAACACCAGUCAUUUCAGCAACAUCUGUGGGACUUGCUCAUUCUUGGUCUCAAAAGGCACAAACUAAGUAGUUUUCGAAACUCAUUUGGUUGUUUUUUGCUUGCGUUUGUUGUAGUAUUUUCUUGGUGGGGAUUGAUAAUUGUUUGUUGUGCCUUGAAAUCUACUCCAAAAAAGGCAUAUUGUAUUAAAAAGUUGAACCCCUUUUUUCACAAACGCCAAAACAGAAGUGAAAAACAUACAAGUUGUAUUAAUGUGUCGAAACCAGUCGGAUAUAGAGAGUUUAUAUAUGGACACUAUAUGUUUGUACGGUAAUAAUAUAUGAUGAUGCGGUUAGUGAGUUUGGUA